AUGGAGAAUAUUAGAGGUAUGAGAAAAGGUGCAUGGACACAUGAGGAAGACAAGCUACUCAAGGCUUGCAUUAACAAGUAUGGUGAAGGAAAAUGGCAUUUAGUUCCUCAAAGAGCAGGAUUGAAUAGGUGCCGAAAAAGUUGUAGAUUAAGGUGGUUAAAUUAUUUAAGCCCCGAGAUCAACAGAGAAAGCUUUAGUGAAGAUGAAGUUGAUAUGAUCCUAAGAAUGCACAAACUUCUGGGGAAUAGAUGGGCAUUGAUUGCUGCAAGGCUUCCGGGUAGAACAGCUAAUGAUGUGAAGAAUUAUUGGCACACACACUUGCGCAAGAAGAUGAUUUCAAGAAAAACAGAAGACAAGAAAGAAAAAGAGAAACCUAAUGAAACCAUGAAAGCUCAUGAAAUUAUUAAACCUCAACCUCGAACUUUUUCAUCCCAUUCACGUUGGUUGAAUGGGAAAAAUAAUAAUUUUGUGAAACAAAUAGUGACGGUUUCGAAUAAAGAUGCUUCUACUGCAAAUGAUGGUGGUAACACAGAGACUAUGGCGACAAAUCAAAAUGGUAGAGAUUGUGUUGAUGGCUUAGAACCAAGUCUAGGUAAUGCCUCGAUACCGAGUGCAACAUGGUGGGAUAGCUUGUUGAACUUGGGAGAGCAAGAAUGUAGUGAGAAAAAUGGAGCAUGCUCUUUAUUACCAGACGAAAAUUUUGCUCUAGAGUUUCCAAAAGUGGAUGAUUUCUUUUGGGAUUGCAUGCUUUGUGAUUUCGGUUCUGUUUGGGAUAUUUAG